UCGGUAUUUACCUCGCAUCUUUCCAGCGGGCAUACCAAUAUAAAUAUAUGAUAGACUGCACAUAAGCGGUCGGAAGAUUGGCAGACAAAUCGAUCCGUGCGAUAUAUAUUUUGUGAUGUCAUUGUUAUGCAUUCCGUCGCUACCUCGCCGAUAUGUGUUGGGUUGAUUUCCUUAUAGUAGUGGUCCAAUACCGACCAGAUAUCAACAUCAUCAACAUCAGCUGACUUGAAACCGAUUGUCAGAACAAUACCUAACCGAUAUACAAACGAUAUUAGUUAAUUUGUAUUGGCUACAUGAAGCAAAAUGUAUGCACUGCACCAAACUAAAAAUGAAAAAUGUAUUAUUUUUGUAAACAUGUUACACUCCCGAAAAUAGAUUUGCUUUCUGACUGGUCAUCAUAAAACCUUGUCCAACCUAUAAGUUAUGUUUUAAUUGUUAAACAGUACCGUGAUUGGCAAUAGUUUUAUGAUGACAGCUGGACAGAUUUACGAUCGAAAUAACGUUUUCUUUCUCCCAUUGGCUAGGUUGGACACUGACCGGUGAAGGUGACGUAAACGUACACCAUGCAUGCUUUGCUGACGUAUAGGGAAACGACUUACUGAAUCGAUUUAAGCAAGAGAAACUCAAGUUUUUUUGAGACUAUUAAAUUGCGAGGACAGCAUUAGACAUAAAUGUGAGAACAACAAUUAAAUAUACUAUAAGAAAAAAUGAAGACAUGGCUUUAUAUUCUUGCCUUGAUUUAUUAUAUACACAUUGCAUCGUGCAAUAUAACUUAUAAUACUGGUACAGAAAAGAAGGGGAUAAUGUCUGGUAAAAAUCAAAGAGAAGCUCCAGAAUGCUCCCUACCGAAAGACAAAGGUGACUGUAGAGCCAACAUUAAGAAAUUCUAUUUCGAUGGAGCUAUCGGAGCCUGUCGAGAAUUCAAUUAUACUGGCUGCGGGGGAAACCUUAACAACUUCAUCACUUUAGACACAUGUAAUAGCAGAUGUAUUUGCUCCAAUCCUAGAGACAAUGGUGUAGGACCUCAGAGAAUGACGAUGUAUUUCUUUAACGCAGAGACAAAGAAAUGUCAAUCAUUUAAAUACAGAGGAUCUGGAGGAAACGAAAACAAGUUUCUCUCAAUUGAACAAUGUCACAGUGUAUGUGAACGUGUCGCAGUCAGACGUAGCUGUCAGGCACGACCAAACGUCGGAACGGAUUGUAAUAACAAUUCCACUACAAAAUUUUAUUACGACAAGCAUUGCGACUGUUGCAGACAGUUUAGAUAUCUUGGAUGUGGAGGUAACGACAACAUAUUUUCAUCACGGCAAAGGUGCCUGCGGAAAUGUCAACUUGGAGAGUCUUCAAAACCGGCAGCGCCAGUGCAGUCGCAGAAACCGGCUCUGUGCUUCUUGCCGAACGUAUUUGGAAACUGUAAUCGAUAUCGUACUCGGUAUUUCUAUGAUACUCGACUAAGUAGAUGUGUACCAUUCACAUACUCUGGAUGUGGCGGUAAUGGAAAUAACUUCCUUUCUCUUCUGAUGUGUCAGAGGACAUGUGAAAAUGACUCUAAAUUGUCUGGGCUUAUCAACACACUUCAACACUGAGAAAAUAAAUAUUUCCUAGCCGUUAUGAUGUGUCAGAAAAUACCUAUAAUGAAUGUAUGAGUUUAAAACAUUGAAGAAAUUGAAAAAUAUAUUCUGUGCCGCCAAGAAAACAUGUAAUAUCGCCUCUAUACACAUAUCUUCCAUAGCCUACACAUUACAUGUAAAUACAGUUAAGCACUGAUGAAAUUAAAAUAAGUUGCAUUCUCACAUGAUGUGUAAAAAAACAACACAUGAAAACGGCUCUAUACGUUUCGCUGUAGGACUUACUCAAGCUGAUCAACACUGAAGAUGUGAAAUUCCGCGCUUGUUAAAACAGUUUAAUACUCAGCCCGGACAGGAUUUGGAGGAAUACAAACAUGAUUUUCAAUGAAAUUGAAUCACAGUAUAGAGGAAGACAUGUAUUUAUAUAGAUUUACUUUUCUAUAAGGAUGUGCUAUUUCUAUUUAUUGAAUAGGUUUGAAACAACCUACAUGACAUUUUAUUUUUGUGUAUGAUCUUGAUAGAUAAAUAUUUUUUCAUCAAAUUUGUAUUAUUUCUUUAUGCUUCAUC